AUGAUGAACCGAACGUCCGCGCCUCCCAGAGGUCCGCGAAAUUCGUCUUCCAGCGCAAAAGGUGGUGGUCGCGUGGGUGGUGGUGGAAUCACAAAACGACGAACAGGUCCUAUUCGAGUGGAUAAAGAUGGAGAUUUGGAUAUGGAUACCACAACGGGCGCAAAUGGUCGUAGGGGUGGAAAGAAUGCUAUCGGAGUUUCUGCUCCAACUGGACCACGCGGACAUGGACGACCCUCAAGAAAUACUGGUCGCGGGGGAAGACUCGACCUCGCACGGAAUCCACAAGCCAUCCUCCGAGGUAUGGGAUCGCAAUCGCAACAAGCUAACGUAUUGGUCACUCUCUGGGUCAAAGGUUUGAAGGGAAGCAAAGCAGCUUCAAAUGAUGAUCAAGGUCUUUCGGCACUGGUAUCAUUUCUCGAGCGCAAAGCUGCGACAUUAGAUUCCAAAUCGAAGAGGUCUAUAAGAGUUAAGAAGUCACACAAGAAAGGUGACAUCGUUGUUAUCUCAGUUAUCCCGGAGGACGCAGCUUCUAUCAUGAAGUUGGAUGGAUUUGCAUUUGCUGGAUCCACAAUUGGCGUCCAAGACAGUGAACCAUCGGCGAAAUCAGAGCAGAAGGAGGAGUCUGAGGAGGCUCGGUCAACUCGAGAGAAGAUUACGGCGGUUCUCGCAGCUCGAUACGAUCCUGAUCUCAAGCUUUUGAAUCUCUCUUCUUUGGGACAAGACGAGCAGUUGAAGCAAAUGGGAAUGUUUGAAGAUACCACUAUCGUCUCGAAACUUUUCCCGGUCUUGAUGAUCAUUUGCGACAAAUUGUUCACCACUAGACAAGCUAAGAAGGAUGCCAUAGUCAGUAUUACUUUGACCGACAACCAAUUAGCCGAUGUUUCCUUUGUCACCUCAUUGGCCUCAACAUUUCCCGAUUUAAAGAAUCUCGACCUUUCCAGAAAUCAAUUUGCCGAAUUGGAUUCGCUCAAAUUAUGGCGCUGGAAGUUUCGUCACCUCGAAAACCUCAUCUUAACGGGGAACCCCAUGGAGAUCCUCACUCCAGAAUACACUACUGAAAUUACACGCUGGUAUCCGGAACUUCAACAAUUGAAUGGUGUCCAAGUCAGAACCGUCGCGCAGAUUGUUGCAGAACUCGAGGCUAUCAAAUCACCAUUUCCAAUUGCUAGCCCAGCUUUCCGAGACGUUGGACAAGUCGGAGAGAACUUUGUCAGACAAUUCUUCGGAGCUUACGACAAUGAUCGCAACGCCUUGCUCACCAAUUUCUACGACGCUCAGUCUAAAUUUUCACUGUCGAUCAAUAUGUUGGCAGUUCGAGACCGCAAUCACUCGAUGCCUGUUCCUCCAUGGGCAGCAUACGUCAAAUUUAAUCGAAAUCUUGUCAAAUAUACGCACACAUCUACGAGACUAUCUCGACAAUAUACUGGCAUUGAGACAAUUCAAUCAGUUUGGAGCGAUUUACCUAAAACAAGACACCCCGAGAUCGCUUCACGACCUGAACAAUACCUUGUCGAAUGUCAAACUCUUUCAGGUCUUCCUGAUCCUUCUGGGCAGAGUGCCGCUGGAGUUGACGGUCUUCUCAUUACCAUACACGGCGAAUUCGAGGAGGAAAUUGCCAAUUUUGAAGGCAAAGCUGUUCGUAGUUUUUCUCGAACCUUCAUUCUCGGACCUGGAGGACCCAAUGGACCCCCCAUCAGAGUCAUCAGCGACCUCCUUGCACUCAGAGCUUGGAGUCCUUUGGCUCAAACUUCAGUCCAUGUAACCUCGGCGAUUCAAACAGUACCAGUGGUUCCUACACCCAAUGUUCCACUCAUUACAGAGCAACAAGCAGUACUUGCCGAAAAACUUGCUGUUGAGACUGGCAUGAAUUUAAAAUACUCAGAGAUGUGCUUGACCGAAACGGGAUGGGAUUUAGAAAAGGCUUACAUUGCUUUCCAAGCCAAUAAAGCAAAUCUACCAGCAGAAGCUUAUCAAAAGCCAUAG